GACGUCCUCCCGGUCACAGUGGUCGGUGAUCUCCAUGGACAGCUAGUAGACCUACGAAAGAUUAUAGACCGAUGUGGCGAUCCUUCACGUAAUACCUAUAUUUUCCUCGGCGACUACGUGGAUAGGGGAACACAGGCACGGUCGUAUAUCAUUUCUGAACGCGCUAUUAAGCGCUGGGCUUUAUUGGAACAUCUGGCUGGGUUGGAGCUGGCGAUUUUACUCUUUUGCUAUCAAAUGCGCUACCCGGACCGAGUGUUCCUGCUUCGAGGUAAUCAUGAAGACUUGAACACGACUAGCACCUACGGUUUUUAUGACGAAUGCAUGCAAAAAUAUGGAAAACGCGGUGAAUGGGUCUACCUAGCACUGAUCAACUCAUUCAACCAUCUACCAUUAUGUGCGAUUAUUGGCGGAAAAGUGAUGUGCAUGCAUGGCGGAUUGUCACCUCAUAUUGAGAAACUCGAGGAUAUCGAGCAGGUGGGAAAAUAA